AUGGAGGUGGGAGCUCUCCACAGACUGUAUGCAGGUUUUCACAUCGUUCCAGACAGACUGCAGCUUUUUCAGUACGAGUCUCUUUCUUUUCACUGUGACGCUCCCGAUGGUUCUGCUCAGUUACGCGGGGUCAGGAAUACUGAGGGAUUUCUUUCAGCAUGUGACAUGAAGCAGAGCUCAACAGCAUACUGCACCAUUCAUAGAGCCUAUCAAGCAGACAGUGGAAAAUAUUGGUGUGAGACUGAAGGAGGAGAGAGAAGCAGCACUGUCAACAUCACUGUCACUGCUGGCUCCGUGAUCCUGGAGAGUCCCGUCUUUGCUGUGUUGGAGGGUCACUGUGUGACUCUGAGCUGCAGGAACAAGUCCACUUCCUCCCAGCUCCACGCUGAUUUCUAUAAAGAUGGAGUCCUCAUAGGGAACAGCACAACAGGAGACAUGAUGAUCCACAGUGUGUCCACAGCUAAUGAAGGACGGUACAAGUGCAGCAUCUCUGAUGCUGGUGAAUCACCAGAGAGCUGGCUGGCUGUCACAGGGAGCGCAGCCUUCACAGACCGCUCGACUCAAAUUUACCUCAUCCUGAGGACUGUUUUCACUGUGGUGAUGGUGGCUCUGCUGCUGCUGCUGCUGGGACUUCUUCACUGCGGGAAACUAGGCAGUACUCAUCAGCAUGUAAGCAGCAUUACCUCACUGGAAAUGUUUUUGAGACAGAGAUAG